GCAGGCGCGCCGGUCGCUUCCCCGUCCUCGGCGUCGCCCGGCUCAGUCGCGGGCGAGCGGCGCGGGCGGCCGGAGCGCCAGGCAGGCCAUGGCCACCACCAGCACCACGGGCUCCACCCUGCUGCAGCCCCUCAGCAACGCCGUGCAGCUGCCCAUCGACCAGGUCAACUUUGUAGUGUGCCAAGUCUUUGCCUUGCUAGCAGCCAUUUGGUUUCGAACUUACCUACAUUCAAGCAAAACUAGCUCUUUUAUAAGACAUGUCGUUGCUACCCUUUUGGGCCUUUAUCUUGCACUUUUUUGCUUUGGAUGGUAUGCCUUACAUUUUCUUGUACAAAGUGGAAUUUCCUACUGUAUCAUGAUCAUAAUAGGAGUGGAGAACAUGCACAAAUAUUGUUUUGUGUUUGCUUUGGGUUACCUCACAGUAUGCCAAAUUACUAGAGUCUAUAUCUUUGAUUAUGGACAAUAUUCUGCGGAUUUUUCAGGCCCAAUGAUGAUAAUUACCCAGAAGAUCACUAGUUUGGCUUGCGAAAUUCAUGAUGGGAUGUUUCGAAAGGAUGAAGAACUGACUCCAUCACAGAGAGGCUUAGCGGUAAGACGCAUGCCGAGCCUUCUGGAGUAUUUAAGUUACAACUGUAACUUCAUGGGAAUCCUGGCAGGCCCACUCUGCUCUUACAAAGACUACAUCACUUUCAUCGAAGGCAGAUCGUACCAUGUGACACAAUCAGGUGAACACGGAAAAGAAGAGAUACAGUAUGAAAAGACAGAGCCAUCUCCAAAUGUGGCAGUUAUUCAGAAGCUCUUAGUCUGUGGACUUUCCUUGUUAUUUCACUUGACCGUCUCUAAGACAUUACCUGUGGAGUAUAACAUUGAUGAGCAUUUUCUAGCUACAGCUUCAUGGCCGACCAGGGUUAUCUAUCUGUACGUCUCUCUUUUGGCUGCCAGACCGAAGUACUAUUUCGCAUGGACGUUAGCUGACGCUAUCAAUAAUGCGGCAGGCUUUGGAUUCAGAGGAUAUGACAAAAAUGGAGCAGCUCGUUGGGACUUAAUUUCCAAUCUGAGAAUUCAGCAAAUAGAGAUGUCAACAAGUUUCAAGAUGUUUCUUGAUAAUUGGAAUAUUCAGACAGCUCUUUGGCUCAAAAGGGUGUGUUAUGAGCGCGCCUCCUCGAGUCCAACCAUCCAGACGUUCAUCCUCUCUGCCAUUUGGCAUGGGGUGUACCCGGGCUACUACCUGACUUUUCUCACGGGAGUGGUGAUGACGCUGGCAGCGCGAGCUGUGAGAAAUAACUUUAGGCAUCAUUUCAUCGAACCUCCCCAACUUAAAUUAUUGUAUGAUGUCAUAACAUGGAUAGCAACUCAGAUAGCAAUAAGUUACACAGUUGUGCCAUUCGUUCUUCUUUCUAUAAAACCAUCAUUUAUGUUUUACAGCUCCUGGUAUUACAGCCUUCACUCUGCUGGUAUCUUAGUGUUAUUGUUGUUACCGGUGAAAAAAACUCAAAGAGGAAAGAAUACACAUGAAAACGUUCAGCUGUCACGAUCCAAAAAGUUUGAUGAAAGAGGAAAUUCUUUGGGACAGAAUAGUUUUUCCACAACAAACAAUGUUUGCAAUCAGAAUCAAGAAAGAGCCUCUAAACAUCCAUCAUUAAAGCAAUGAUGGGGAAAGCACUCUGAUGGCUACUUUUUGUCUGUUAACAGAAACCAAUCUUAGCACCUUUCAAGGGGUUUGUGUCUGUUGGGAAAGAGAUCACGUGGGGGGAAAUCGGACAGUUUUACGUAGGGAAUGCCCUGUAUACCAGCUUGAAAAUGGAGUGAAAGACCCCUCCCAUGCCAUGUCCCUGUGGGCCAUGCCUUAUCAAAAAUGUUUCCAUUAUUUCAAUGGGCACUCAGGACUUCAGCAUAUGUCCGUAGGGUCAUAAGUGUGCCCUGCUGCUGAAUGUAUGUUGUGUAUCCCAAGGCACUGAAGAGAUGGAAAAAUAAUUGUGUCAAUCUAGAUGAUUGAGAAAAAUUAACUUUUCCAAAUGAAUGUCUUGCCUUAAACUGUCUAUUUCCUAAAAUAUUGUUUCCUAAAUGGUAUUUUCAAGUGUAGUAUUGUGAGAACACUAUUUCAAUAUUAGAUGUUGUAUGCUGCACAGGAAUUCCGGAGGAAUUUGAACAGGAUAUUUAAGACUGUGGAUACUUUAAAAUGCAAUAAACAUCUCAGUAUUUGAAGGGUUUUCUUAAAGUAUCUCAAAUGGCUACAGUAUGUUGUGAAACUGUAAAGUGAUGGAUGCCAAUUUCCUGGAGAGUUUAAUUACCCUGUGUCAGGCAGAGAGCCCUUCAAGGAGGGAUUUCUUAAACAUAAUUAAAGGUUGGUAAUGUGAUAUUUUAAGCUAUUUUUCUUAAAAAACAAAACAAAAAAAACAACAAAAAAAAAACAAGGGAGAGAGAGAGAAGAUGACAAAGGAAAGAAGGAAGACGUGAAUGAAGAAAGCACUGCGGGGGCCGGAGCCUGAGCCAGUGGCAGCUGGGACCAGCGCACACAGGUGUGCAGGGCAGGUGACCGAUGCUCUGCAGACGUGUGCUCUUCAUCCCUAUUUAUCUGAGUUCUUUGUGAUUCUGUAAGACAUAAAAGUUUAAUAACUUUUUAUUACGUUGACUUUUAAAAGAUGUAUCAAGCAUAAAUUAUAUAGAAUGAUAAAAGGAUUGUGAAAAUAAUAGUGGGAGAUUGCUUGAAGGUUUUGAAAGAGAAAAAUCACUGAGUGAAAUUACUCUCUAGCUAAUCACUUUUUUAUCCUUGACAAUUUAAUUCGUAUUUGGGAAAGUUUUAGGAAAAUGAAAACUUGAAGUCAUUGGGUCUGAACCACCUCUGUAGAGAAUAAUAUAAAUUAGUUUCCAAACUCUUAACUUCUCACAUAAAAGUUUUGCCACUAACUCUUGUUAAUGAGUUUCAGAUUAUUUAAGUAGAAAAAUGUGCUUUUAUCUUAUGGGCUGGUUUUACCAUAAUUAAUUUCACCUGAAUUGCUGGGUGUCUCCUUUAACCCCACAGUCUUGUGAUGCUGCAGUAGCUGAAAGCAGAGGAGUGGGGUGUGAUGCCAGUCUGGCAUCAGGGCCACGGCCGGAGAUGAUGAAUCACGGGCGGAAAGGGAGAAGGAUGGGCAGGGCCUUCUGAGUUCACUUUUCUGUGACCCAUCUUUUGUGGAAUUUAUUUUCUUUUUUGCCUUAAAUUUUUAAAUGAAAUGCAAAUUGUCUAUCUAUGAUGAGUCUCUCUUUUUUUUGUCAUUAAUAAAUUUGCAAAUGAAGUUAAGGACAGAACAACUCUCUGGCUUAAGCUGUGUAGUAUUUCAAUUAAAGAUGAAAGGAAAAGCAAAUGUACUUGGAACUUUUGAGGUCUAAUCAGCAAAAAUAUCAGUGUACCUUCCCAGAACUUUAGAAAUAGCUUCCUCUUUGUUUAUAUGAAAUGUUUUUAUUUUUCUAAAGGUAAUUUUUUUUUU